AUGACUAUUAAAGUAGCAUUCUUAGGGCCCAAGGGAACCUUCACUCACCAAGCACUAAUACAACAAUUUGGAAGUGAGCCAGAUAGUGUUCAUAUUUAUCCUCAGGAUGGAAUUUCAGAUUGCUUUAAAGCCUUAGAUAGUGGUGCUGUCGAUUACGCAGUAGUUCCAUACGAGAAUUCUACUAAUGGACAAGUUGUGUUCACCUAUGACCUACUCAGGGACUGGUUUAUUCCUCCAGGUCAUCGCCAGAAGUCACAAUUGGUGCCAAGUUCCACCAAAUCUGGUUCUAUUCAACCACCAUUCAGGAUAGUUGCUGAGCAGUUUGUAUCGGUACAUCAUAACUUGUUGACAAAAGCUAAAUCAAUUUCUGAGGUCAAAACAAUAUACUCGCAUCCUCAAGUAUGGACUCAGGUCUCUUCAUUCUUAUCAAAGAAAUUCCCCCUGGGUGUGCAGAAAAUUGACACAUCAUCAACGGCAAAGGCUGCUGAAAUCGUCCACGAAACUGAAUCGGACACUAUUGCAUGUAUUUCUUCUAAGACGAGUGCCUCUUUAUUCAAUUUGCCAACUCUAUAUGAGAAUAUAGAGGAUAGCUCGAAAAACACAACUCGAUUUCUAGUGCUAGGAAAUAAGGAAUUACCUGAGCCGGAAGAUUUAAGAACCAUUCCUGAAACUUCUGAUCUGUUGAAUAUUACUUCAAUAAUAUUUUCUUUACCUCAUGAUAAACCUGGUGCAUUAAGGGAAGCACUAUACGUCUUCCAUAAAAAUGAGGUCAAUAUGACAUCAAUCAAUUCCAGGCCUUCGCAUUCAAAUCAAUGGCACUACGUUUUCUUCGUUGAAGUAAUCGGUGACUUAGCACACGAUGCGAGGAUUAAGCAGAGCAUUAGUGAUCUUGGAUUGCACUGUGAAGACGUCGUUGCAUUGGGUUCAUUCAAGAGAUACUGGCCCUAUUUGGAAAACUCCUAA